AUGGCUGUGACCAUUACCCAGUUAACCAUAACUGACGACCACACUUCAAGAACUGCUGCUGAAUUGAUGGCUGGCUUGCAACUUGAUCAAGGUUCACCGGAAGAAAAGCAGCAAUGCGACAGGCUAUUGAGAGACCUUGAUUUUCCAAAUGAACAUCAAAAUGAAGAGGAGUACAGUCAGUUUGUUUUUAAUGGCCAGUGUUUGAUACUGGGUGACUCCAGGGUUGGAAAAACGAGCCUACUGAACGCUCUUACUAAAAAGCCGUUUGACAGUGAAGAGCCAAGAACAUUGGGAGUCCGCACAAACUCGGUAGACCGGGAGUGGCAAAAUGCGAACCUUGCGUUCGGAAGUUUUGCUCGAUUUGGAAAGUCCGUUCGUUUCUUAAGAGCCUUUAUUUCAUCUGGAGAAUACUUAGCUUUUGAAGAAGGAACAUCAACACUGUCUUUGUGUAUGAUUUGGUCACUGUAUUUAUUCUCUUUGGUGCUAUUAUGGGAGUUUCCGUCUCGAAUAACUCAUUUGAUUGUGCUUCAAAUUGCAUUUUUCUCAGUUCACUUUACGUUUUCUCCACUUCACUUUAGGCCUCAUGGUUGCUCAUUUAGUGAACGGUUUUUUCAAAGGGAUCCAUUGUUGCUGUGUAGAGUUACCCUGUAUUAGACGUAAACAUUUAGAAUUGAUUCGUGACAAAUUUAUAGUAUAUAUUAUACGCCUUUUUUACCUUCGUCAUCUCACUGGAAAAUUUAUUGCCUACUUCCUUGGACCCCUAAGGAAGAUAUGGGUCCGUUCGCGUGUACUUAGGUAUCGAGGUGAUAUUAAAAUUUCCCUUCCGGGGCAAGUAAAAAUCUACAAUCGCAGACGGGUUUUCCUUGGGUUUCGGGGUUUAUUUUAUCAAAUAGAAUCUUUCGUUAACGGCUUUGGGUUAGGUUUCUGUGCUGAAUUGAUGAUCAACAUGUCAAUCGUCAGUUACUGUGAAAUUCUUCACUAUACCUUUAUGCUGGGGUUCGGUCUAUCACUUCUUUGGUUCAUACGUUCGAUGUGCAAGGGAAGACAUUUUAUGGAGGGAAUUGUAAGCCCAAUUAUAUUUAUUUUUGUAAUUGAGUGUGCACCCUACAGAUCAAGAUCAUCUUAUUCUAUGCUGUCAUAUGUAGCACUGUUUGCAGGAUGUGCCUGUUGUGCAUUACUCUUCAAUAAAAAGUAUGUAUCGAACCUUGUUGCAGGUACUUACAAGGUUAUCUUUGUACAAAAGGUAGCACUAGAUUACCAAGAGUUAAGAAAGGCUCUCAAUGUCAAAUUCUCAAGUCUCACAUUGGGCAUUCUAGACUUUGGAGGUGAUAAAGAAAACUUAGCAUACCAUCAUCUCUUCUACAGAAAUCAAGCAAUAUACAUUAUUGUGUUCAACCUUGCAUAUUUUGCCGCCAGCAAUUUCCAACAUAUAGAAGUGAAAAUCCAAAGAAUUUGUUUCUGGUUGGAAUCCAUCCAUAGCAAAGUAAAGCCAAAGGCACCAAUCUUUCUUGUUGGUACACACAGAGGAAACACGAGUAGAACCUGCCUUGGUUAUUUGAAUAAACAUCUGCAACAGAGCCUUUGGCAAACCUUUUCUAAUGAUUUGACAAUGAACGAAGAAGAUAAGUUGAUGUAUUUUCCUGUGGAAUCCAAGGAUGGAAUUCAUGAUAGAGGAAUUAAAAAUCUUAAAAGGACAAUGAUCCUCAUAGCUGAGGAAAACAAGACAACUUUGGGACAAACAAUUCCAUUUUCAUGGAUUAAAAUUCAAGAUGCAAUCAUUAAUUUGUGGGAGAAUGGCAAUACAAAGUUCUGUGUAUCCCUGGAACAUUUUCCAACUUCAUUUAGAGACUUUAUUUGCAGCAACUGGUCUAAGGAAACUUUGAAGUAUUUUCAUGAAAAAGGCCUUGUAAUUUACAUAGACAAAGGUGAGAAUUCAGUCAUCUCUGAGUGGGUUCUUUUGAAGCCAUCACUUCUAGUUGACAUCACAAUUCAGCUGAUCACUCCAAGGACAAAUGAUGAAUUAUUUUCACAGCAUGGGUUCAGAAAAGAGUGGACAUUACUUCACAACAAGGGAAUGCUCACAAAUUCCCUUUUGAGGCACAUUCUCACUAGAAUCCAAGAAAAUGAAGUAGCAAUGACAGGCUUUCUUGAGGAAUAUGGCAUCAUUUGCCCAUUAUUUUACAAGGUUAACAAUGAUAUUACAGAAGCAAUAGUCACACAUUUUGUUCCUGCACUGCUUCCAGUUUCAGUGAAUGGGAACACAUUGGUUUGGAAUGAUCAUCCCACAGACAAGCGACUCUAUGUGUUCUUUGAGAGAUUCCUACCAGAACCUCUUUUCCACCGUCUCCUAUCACGUGCUCACCAACUUAGUGAGAAAUCCUUCCGCAAGGGCCAGCCUCUCAUAAGCAGAUAUGUUGGCAGGUUUUGGCUGACACCCUCUCAGCCCUACAGGCUGCUGCAUCUUAAGGAAGAGGAUAUAAUUGAAGUGACAUUUAGCCACAGGUUUGUGAAAUUUAAGUAUAUCAGUCAUGAAUAGGAAUUAGAGCACAACUGUCUUCAACAUAUGCAAUGCAGAUGCCGUUGAAGAAAAUUGCAACUCUUUAUAGUUAUAUUCCUCUCAUAAUCAAAGUUUUCCUCCAAAGACAUAAAGCAAACCUGGAACUUAAGGUAGGAUUUCCCUAGCCAUGUGAUGUGUGUAAAGCCUAUCUAUGCUGCAGUAACAAUGCAGAUUUGCAAAAAAAUUUUUUGGUCACAUUCAGUCUUUAACCUCCUUUAUUGAAAACAAGUACAUCUGUAAACAAAAACCAAAAGAAAAAAAAUUUAGCCAUCAACAUCUGAUGAUAAAAAUGCAGCUUCACUCCAGAAUAAACAACACACAUGAGAUAAGCUAUAUGUUUUAAAUGGGCAGCAUAAGUCAAUUCACUCAAUUUUUGCAUAGAACAUUCCUUGAAAGAUUUUUGUUUUGGUAUUACAAAGGCUGUGAGAUGAAAACAGAAUGACUUCAGUUUCUAAGGAAAAAGUUCUAAUUGAGCCAUUUAUAUCAACAGAUGUGCAGCAGAAGAUUUGCAUCCUUCAAAUGUGUUGAGUCAAGUGUUUGGCAUGGUCAAAUGGCUCUGUUGGGGGCACUUUCCACAAGUCAAGUUUUACUGUGGCCCAGCCUGCCCGUCAGAGAGCUGUCCUGGGUAUCAAAGAGAUGACAUAUCACAUCCAGGUGUUCAAAAUUCAAUGUCUAGACGACAUGUUAUUCAUGUGUUACCAAAGGAAAACUCUUCAUUUUACUGUGUCAACCAAAAUUGUGAAAAUGAUCUGAAGGAGUGGUUAGAGUAAGGUGAACUAACAGGUCUGCAACUUGUACAUGUACCUUGUGCCUGUUACUUUCCUGGGAAUAAGGUUAUAGUUUUUCAUGUGGUGGCAGAGCUAACGACACUUGGAGUGAGAAGUUAUGUAUCAAACAUUUGAAUUUGUCACUUUUUUGAACUUGUUUGAUUGUAGUUUAACCCCCUACUUAAUUAAUUUCACUUUGCUUUGAAAGUGGCUACAGCUAAAUUUAUGAUGCAGUACAUUCAUCAAAAUAGUAGCUUAACUUAUCUUAAAUAUUUGUCACCUAGAUGAACUUGCAUGUUUCAUGUGCAGCAAAAAGGGUUUUUCCUUUCAUAAUUUAUGAACAUAGUCUACAUAGAGAUUAGAGAAUUAGAGAACACAAAAAACUAACUAGAUUAUUAGAAGCACUUUAAAUUAUAUUGGUAGGACUUUGUACAUGAAAACAAGACUAAUUGGACAUUCAGUUACAGAAUCUUGACUAGCCUAUAUUAUUCUUUAUUCAAACUUUAUCUUCCUGUUUAUUUGAGCAUGGCGAUAUGUUUGAAAAUUGAACUACAAAUGAAUAAAGUUUAACCUAAACAUAAAUAUGUAUGUGCAAAUGGCAAAGCUGGUAGAUGCUUUUGUCCUCAUAUAAUUCAACCUAUGUCUACCGACAGUAUAAAUAAAGGGGAUAAGUUUCUAAAGAAACUGUGAUGCUGUGACAGUGGGAGAAUAUAACUAGUCAAUGUUUUUUUUUAUCAACUGAGUUGAUUCAAGAGAGAAAUUAUUUUUCUAGAGUUUUGUGGCUUUCUGAAUUGCCUAGAUGUAGGGAAAGGCUGCAGACUGCCAUAUGCUGCUUAGAAUGGUUAGGGAAAUUAAACGGUAUAGCAUUUGGUUUGGAUUCAUCAUUGAGUCGCUCUUUUCUAUGUCAUGAACGUGUUUGUGGAAUCAGUCACUCAGUAUUCUUCUGUUUUCACCAGUGUAUAUCUUUUUACAAUGAGUAUAUGUUAUGCAAUAGAUGGCAUUGACAUAGGUCAAAAUAUCAGGACCCAAGCAAUCCAUGAAGAUUACUGACCACUUCACAUGCACCUUCAUUUUCUGCCUAUAGACAUACACACAACCCACUAUGAACUAGUCCCUGUGAGCAGGGUUACUGGGAUACCUGGAUGGUACUGGAUCCUUGAGAUCAAGUGCAGUGAUACUACGGGUGUCAGACUAGUAUACUGAAAUAGUGAGCUCAAGUCUGGUCAAGGGCAUAGACCUAUUCCAAAAAAGGUUGUCACCAGGUGAUAGGUCAUUCCAAGACAGUAAGGAAUCAUGGGUCUCAGUAAAUAGUUAUUGCUGAGUGUUGUACAUUUGUUUUUUAACUGGAUAACAGUUUUUCUGUAUUGUAUUCUGUUACAAAGAGAGAAAAUAUAAUAUGAACCUUCCCUAAUCUUACUUUGAAAAGCUGUGUACAGCAAGACAUGUACAGCAUGGUAUUGUUUCUUCAAAUUAAAGGCAAUACUAAUAUCUGCAUCAUAUAUUUGAAAUGCCCUUGGGAAAUUGUUGAUAGUCAGUGGAUGGUUAUCACCAUUGAGUUUUUCUUUGUAAAAUUUGUUUGCAUGGUCAGUGUUCCAUCUAGAGUCUUUGAAUUCCAACACCCACAAUAUUUGAUAAUAGAAACACAAAUGCUCCAAAACGAUGUGGCACAAGAGCAUAACAAGGGAAUAUGAAUAGUUGUAAUUUCAGCAUCUGCAUGAUUUGCUUUUAGGGGGGACAGCUGACAACUGUUGAUCAGAAAUAUCUGUCACUGUCAUUGUUUUUCAUUAAUAUGUACACCUUUGAGUUUAAAUAAAACAUUUGGAUUUUAAUAAAGACCUUG